CACCGAUCAGAGGUCUCAGAGUAGAAGAUUUGAUUCUGCUCGGUUCUCAUAAAUCCGAUAACAGGACAGAGCAAACAUUAACCCGGCCUUCAACUCUCCAAACAGCCAAGACAUCCACUAAACAAGAGCCAUCUCAAUGGCAGGCAAAUACGACAAUCCCCCCGCUUACCCAGCCGCAGUUCAUCAGGACGCCGGCCCAUACAACCACACACCUUCUCCCGCGCCAUACGUCCAAUCUCCCCCACCACAAAGUGAAUACCGUAAUGACAACGGAUACGGCGGUUACUCCAGCCCGGCGCCACCUCAGAAUGGAUAUUAUCCUCCAAUGCAACCGCAAUAUGGACCUCCUCAGCCCGGUGGGGGAUAUUAUCAACAAGGAUAUCCUCCACAGCAAGGUUAUCCUCCUCAACAAGGCUAUCACUACCCUCCUCAAGGGUACUAUGCGCAAAACCCAGACAGAGGUGGAUAUGGAGGCUCAGCGGGCGGUAUCUGUGCAGGCCUCGCGGCUGCUUUAACGCUCUGCUGCUGUGCAGACAUGUGUUGUUUUUUGAUUUAAGGGUUAUGUUGUCCGCUGUAAUGCGGCAGAAUAAGAGUCACGACUUUGGGAUUUCCAAUGGUUUCGGUAGGGAUGAACAUAUAUCAUGUUGGUUGAUUGGUGUUUUAAGGCGUUUCGUUGGUUUCCAUUCUUUCGAUGAUGCUCUUUGGCCACCAGCCAAGUUGUGCCGGUUUCUAUUUUCGUAAUUGAAGGGCGGCUUUUUUCGUUUAUGAUUUACCUUGUUAGAGAGGGCUCUCGAUCCUUAUCAAUAGCUGCUAUUCACUUUGUGCAG